AAGUGCCGUAAAGGAAAGACUACUGUCACCCGGAAGUACAAUGAUGUAAGCCUUGAAGUCGCCUUCACUUUUUGGACGGACAAAUGUGUUUUGUAGUAAAAUAUAAGACAGUGAAUAUUACGUACGCUAUUUGACCACUCAAAAGUUUACGAAUAUUUUAAACAAUUGUUAGCACUUUCCGUUUCCGCCGCUAUCGUUAGCAUUAGCUUUAGCACCCGCACCAAUAGCAGCAUGGCGACACCGGAGACACCAACAGGAGGAGAGAAUCCGCCUAUGUCCCAGUCUAUGCGGACUUUUAAGAACUGCUGGAGCUGCCGCCUCAUCUCCGGCGGUGGUCUGAUCCUGUCUGGGGCCUACGUGUACCAUGCUGCCCGCAAAGUCAUGCGCCUCGGCGGGCCGCCCUCUAUGGGCACGGUCGCCCAGAUAACAUUUGCAGCAAGUUUGGCCGUAUGGGGAGUGGUUAUCAUCGUCGAUCCAGUGGGAAAAGCGCAGAGGAAGACGUAGAGAGCCAGCUUGGACAUGAACAUGGACAAUGUCGGGACAAGGACACUGUUUGAAACGGAGACAAGUGUAUCUGAACAUGAGAUAAAUGCAAUCAUUUCAUGGUUCCCUUGUACUUUACUACGUCACACAAGACACUCGGUAGAUCAGUUAGUCUGAGUUACCUUUUAUUAGUGUUAUACUGCUCUGAGCACAGUUGCUCUCAAUGAAGGGUUUGUUGAGAAGCAAGAUGCAAAAAAGAAACACCCUAAAGUCAUUUUCAGUCGCAUAAAGUGAUCAUGACAUUCUGAUUUCUUUUUUUUAGGUUAAAGAAAAAUAUGAAAAUAGAGUUGACAGUACAUUUAGGCACACUAUUGACACAAACUGUACACAUAUGCACAUUUUUAUAUACUGUACUGGGGUUUAAAAAAAAACCUUCCUGUAUGGAGGUGUGCAGAAAAAGGUGGUGUGGUAUUCACCUUUCAUGUAGAAGUCAGUUAAUAUUCCUCAGCCAAUCAGAGGCCAUCAGAGCUGAGCGCCAACCAAUGACUGCGGAGAUAGGUGCUCCAGCCAAUAGGAGGCGCUCUCACAAAAUUGCUACGUUAAGUGCUUAUUAGCAGUGAUUCCACUGGUCACAGGUCUCCUGUCUGGACAGAAGAGGGGAAGAGGGAGGGGCCUCUUCCUGCUUUAGCCCACUGGCUAAUCAUAAAAGUGAUUGUUCAGGCUAAAACACACACACACGAUUGAGAAAAAAAGUGACUUAUAAAACAAGUCUGUAAAAGAAAACUAAAGUUGUACAAUGGAAUGUUAAAGUUGUUGAGCUAAGAAGGGAAAACAUGUUUUAAAAAAAAUAACGAAUAUCUCGUUUGACUAUACACGAAUUCAAAAUGCACAUGCAUUAAAGUAAUAUUGCACAAAAAGUGAUUAGGGAUAUUUGUCCAUAUCUCUAGUGAAGGAUUCAGUCAUGUCCGAGCGUGCGUCUCUUUUACACCGUGUGUUAACUUAAGGCCGCCUCACUCGCCCACACUGGCACAGUUUUACCACACAAAUCUUCCUUAAUAACAAACACACACACACUAAAUUGUUUACAAGCCAAACACACAAUUACAUUCUUGGACGCGUACUAUUAGUGUGCUGGGAUGGACAGCUUAGCCUCCCACCUCCCCACUGUAACACACAUGAUGAUGAUGAAAGUCAUCCCAUUGCAUCAUCGUUUCUUCAUAUGUUCACACCAGAACGCACACAUGAACAGCAUGAGCUUUGGUCAUCAGGGUUUGAUAUAAUUAAAGGGGCGUGGCUUCCUCUGUAAGGUCUGUGAGACAAAACGAUGUAACACAAAAGGAUUCAAGAGAAGCACUGAGGCUGCAAGAUCACUUAAAAAAAAUCCAUUCAUGCCCUAUUUUGUUCAGUCACAUUUUAAAAACGGCGCCUCAUAAACCAGUGCUAUUGACACAUUUGGUUGCUAUGAAAAACACUAGAGUGCAGCUUUUGUAGUUAAAAUGUCUACAGCAUUAAGGGAGCGAGUUGGGCUGCAGCCGCUUCAGCUUUAUGGUGGAGGCCAAACGUAGAAGCAGGUGGGAAGGUAAGGCAAGGUGUGGGUCUAUGCUAUCUAUUCCUGCAGUUUAAAAACAGUACAGUACUCAUGGCCGCCUCUUUGGACCACCACAAAGCAGCAUUGACUGGCCCCGCUGAAGCUAUAAACAACUAAAAACAUCAGAGAGGGGAAAAUGAUGCUGACUAAAAGACUGCCAUGUUCAGUCUGGAUGCAAAUGCUUUGUUUUUGGGUGUAUGUUGACAGAAAUGACAGUUACUGGGAGUGUUUCCAUACCUUCAAGUUCAUAUUAAGCCCCUCCCCCUAUCUCACAUUUAGCUCUUAAGUCGGUGUGUG